CAUUUCCCUUCCGAAAGACAAAGAGAUGAGCACCGCGGUCACUGAGAAAACGUCGGGCGUAGAGUUCGCAAUUGGUGCCUUGGCGGCGACGGGCGCCGGCUUCUUCACGAAUCCUGUGGACGUGGUAAAGGUGCGGCUGCAACUGCAGGGUGAGCUGGAGGCUCGAGGCUCAUAUCAGAAGAUAUACAAGAACACCGUGCACGCCGCGUAUCUCAUUGCUAAACAUGAAGGUGUGUUGGCUCUACAGGCGGGAAUUGUGCCCGCGCUUGCCUUCCAGGUGGUGCUCAACGGUAUCCGUUUGGGUGCAUACAAGUCCGCCCAAAGAUACGAACUGAUCGUUGACAAGCAAGGCAAUACCGAUGUUCUAAGGACCACCCUGGUGUCCGGCACGGCCGGUUGCGUCGGCGCCGUUCUCGGCAGUCCAUUCUAUUUGGUCAAGACACAAUUGCAGGCGCAAUCUGCGAAAUCCAUAGCUGUGGGCUACCAGCACAAUCACUCGGGAUCAUGGAACGCCUUCAAGUCUUUAUGGAUGGAGGGCGGUAUCGCAGCUUUAUUUCGUGGAUGGAACGCCAACAUGCCGCGCCUAUUUGUCGGCUCGGCGACGCAGUUGACUACUUUCGGAUUAGCAUCGGAUUGGUUGCGUUCGCUAAAUAUAUUUCCAGAUCAGCCAAUAUUACUAACCUUCUUGGCCUCCGUGAUCGGAGGUAGUUGCGUAGCCAUCACCAUGCAGCCAUUUGAUGUCUUAGCAACGCGAUUGUAUAAUCAACAAACAGACGCGGCCGGCAAAGGUACUCUGUACAAAGGACUCGGAGACGCACUCGUCAAAAUAUUCCGCACAGAAGGUCUGAUGGGCCUGUAUAAAGGAACGUUUCCAACAUGGAUGAGGAUAGCGCCGCAUACGGUUUUGUGCUUAGUGUUUUACGAGAAACUAGAUCAACUGUAUAGUAAUUUUAGAACACAAAACGAUUGAUGUUAGUUUUAAAUUUGUAUAUAAAUUAUACAUGUAUUUCAUAUGUAUUUAUACCUUCUAGGUAUAUGCAAAGCGAGAUUUUUAUAAACUUUUCC